AGGGUCACCUGGUAAUCUGCCACUAUUGGGAUGGGUUAGUGGUACGUGUGAGGAGCCUGCCUGUGUUCAGAUCAUGGCCUGCUUUCUACCACUGCAUGGGCUGCUCUACAGGAAUUCCCCAGCCCCCUGAUGUGACUGGGCUUUGUGGUUCCAAACUGUCAUACGUUUCUAGCUAGAUGGAAAGUUAUUCUGGACAUUGCUUCUGAGCUUGGCUUAGGUCUUUUACAUUAGUUUUAUAUUCCUCUAGCCACUUUGUGUUUAGGCCUGCUUUGUUGUGGCAUAUCAGUGCAAAGAGAAGGAUCCAUACCUCCUGCAGUCUAUUUACUAGAAAGAGCUUGUUUUAACAUGACUUGAGGGCAUGUUAGCUCAUAGGCUGUUAAAAAAUAUCUUGCUGCAUUCAGGUUACUUCCACCUGUGACCCAGCUUGUACGCAUAUUGUAAUCAAGUAUCUUGCGUAGUGCUUUGUACAUUGAUAAAUGACUUCGUAAAUAUUUCUGCUUAAUAUAUUGCCAAACAUGUUUUUCCUUUUUUUAGGGGGAGUGGGGUGGGGUGGUGUCUGUGUGUCUGUUUUUAAAUCAGUGCAUACCUCGUUUGACACCUUGUUUAUUUCUUUGGGGACUGUGGAUGCUUGAGGGUGGCUCUCCUGAUAAGGUGUUAAUGUUCAAUUUCAGAAGGAUGAAAAUCCAACUAAUAAAAUCUCCUCCCUUCCGUUGUUGUGAAAUACCAUCUAUGCAACAGAAGGUGUAACAGAGGUUAUGUAGCAUUUUAAGGUCUCACCCCAUCGUGCUGUCCUCCUAUAAGCCUGUUGCUAAAAGUCCUCAGGGCUUGGAGGGAAGCUGGUUCAAUGGCCAGUGCCUGUUAGGGUAUAGAGUCGACCACCUGAACUGAGUGUGUGUAUUUCCUGUCAGUGUCCUAGGAACAGCUCAUGAAGAGGAAGUUCAUUUGUGGCAUUCUGAACUUCUUUCUGUUCACGUUAAAAUGGCGAUGAAUUGUUAGUGCCCUUAAAUUAGAGAGCUGUGAUUGCAGCAAAUGCCCAGGCAGAGGGAGCUUCUGACCUGCACAAGUUCUUUUUUUUUUUUUUCAAGAAUGUAUUCUUUCAUGGCAGAAAUAUCUUGAGAUGUGUGAAGAUAAUGGCGUGGCUUGGGAAAAUAUUUUAUUGGCAAAGUCAUCUUUGUAUUUUUAACCACUGAAGUGUCACUCCAGCAAUUAGUUUUCAAGUGGGCUCAACAUGUAUUUUUUAUGAAGUACUUGAAAAUGCAGGCAGAGCUCUCAUUUGCUUCCCCCACCAGUUUCCACCUACUGAUUUCACUGAGAGGAUGUAUGAAUUUUAUGAAGCAAAAAGAGAAGAAUUCAAACAAGCAGGGGGCAGCUUUAAUAUAAAAGUGUGCAGCACAUUGUAUUAUGCAUGUAGAAUGAAAUCAGUCAUGCUAUGUAAAAGUCACUUUUCUUGUCAGUGGUACAUGUUUGAAGUUGUAUGAAAACAUCCUUUUUCUGUUGGAAAAAGAAGACCUAUUUGGUAUUGGUUUUUUGUUUUUGUUUGUUUUCUAACAGUAAAGAGGGGUGUAUUAGUAUUUCGUGACAAUGGAAGAAAAAGAAAUCUGAGGUAUGGUGGCUCCCAGGCUGAAGGGAGGAGCUUGCCCAGCAGUGACACCCAGGGAGAUGAGCUCAUGGGAGGUCAGCUCUGGUGGAUGGUAACCAGGCCCUGUACUCUCCGCCUAGUUGUGCCAAGUGUAUGGUAGGGAUUUUCUGCUUCCUCAGAAUGUUUCUAUCUUUUUAAAUAGUGCUCCAUAACUGCAAACAGAGUGGGCCUCAGGUGUGUCUGAGAGAGCUCCUCUCUGGCAGGCACACAGCUUUUAAGUUAAACUGGGGAGUUUCUAGUUAGGAAUCCAGAAAGAACUACAGCUCCCAGUGGCCCACGCGCCACCUCCCUCCCGUGCCCGGUGGCAGACGGAAGCACAGCAGCAGUGUUGAGAAGGCCGGCGGUGAGGAAGUGGUUGUGGCCUGGGCCUGACUGGGCCAUGGAGUUCUCCAGACAGCUCUAUGCAAUCAGCGAGGCGCUGGACAGGGCUGAGCUGGCGGCUAUGAAGUUUCUCAGCUUGGAGCACGUCCCUGUGAGGAAGCAGGAAGCCAUUGAGGAGCCCAAGGCCUUCUUCCAGGUGCUGCUGGAGAAAGGCAUGAUCGAGGCAGGGGACCUGGCCUUCCUGCGGGAGCUGCUCUACCGGAUCAAUCGGAUGGACCUCUUGGCUGCCCAGCUGGGCUCCAGCCGAGAGGUGAUGGAGAGGGAGCUUCAGAUCCCAGGCAGGGCACGGGUGUCACCGUUCAGGUACCUGCUCUAUCAGCUGUCAGAAAACAUCACGAAAGAGGAGAUGAAGUGUUUCAAAUUUCUUUUGGGGAAAGAAUUACCAAAAUGCAAGCUAAGCCCUGAAACUACAAUGCUCGACGUUUUCACUGAGAUGGAGAAGAAGGGGAUUUUGGGAGAAGACAACCUCACUGUCCUGAAGACUCUUUGUGAAAAAAUUGACAAGAGCCUGUUGAAGAAAAUUGAAGAAUAUGAAUUAAACCUAUUUGGUGAAGAAGAGAUGCUUGUAACAGAAGGACAGAGGAGCAGCACAGGAGUCCCUGAAGCCUGUCCCAGAUUGCGGGCAUCAUGUGUGGCACACGAUUCUCCUGGCAGUUGUGAUCAGUUUUCCCAGCUUGAAGCUUACAAAAUGACCAGCCGACCCCGUGGAGUAUGCCUGAUCCUGAAUAAUCACAAUUUUGCAAAAGCCAGGAAAGAAGUCCCAGAACUCAAAAAGAUGAAUGAUCGGAAUGGGACAGACGUGGAUGCAGCUGCUCUGAGCAAAGUCUUCAGCACCCUUCAUUUUAAGAUAGAAGAAUAUAAAGACCUCACUGCAGAAGAAAUCCGUAAGAUUGUGAACAUCUACCGGUGCAAAGAUCACAAUGACAAAGACUGUUUUGUUUGCUGUGUUCUCUCUCAUGGAAAAAAAGGCAUUAUAUAUGGUGUUGAUGGACAGGAAGUACCUAUCCAGGAACUGACUACUUCUUUCACUGGGCAGAAUUGCCACUCACUUGCUGGAAAACCAAAAGUCUUCUUUGUUCAGGCAUGCCAAGGUGAUGCUCGCCAGAAAGGUGUAACCAUUGAAACAGAUUCUGGAGAGCAAGAUUCUUCUCUAGAAACAGAUGCAAGAUUUCAGCUUGAGUGCAUCCCCUCAGAGGCAGACUUCCUCUUGGGCAUGGCUACCUUGCAAGACUAUGUUUCCUAUAGAAGCUCAAGCCAGGGGAGCUGGUACAUACAGUCACUAUGCCAGCACUUGGAGAACAGCUGUCCUCGAGGAGAAGAUAUUCUCACCAUCCUGACAGCUGUGAAUCAAGAGGUGAGCAGAAAGAUUGACAAACAGAAUGCAGCGAAGCAGAUGCCACAGCCCAGUUUCACACUGAGGAAAAAGCUCAUCUUUCCUGUCAACUAAACAAGAAAGAACAGCAGAGCAAGAGGAGCUGCAGCAGCUUUAAACAGCUGGUAUCAGCUAAGAAUUUGGUUAAAUAUAACAGACUUUCAGUGUCUACUGGUAGCACAAAUGCAAAUGUUUUUAUUGAUAAUAGAGAAGGAGCAAAAGUCUUAAGAACUUAGUAUUAAUUUGUAUGACACUUUAUACCUGAGAGCAUCUCACCUGGUCUUGAAUUUGUAGUUUACUAGCAUAAAAUACACUCAGGGUCCUUUCAGCUGUACCACAAUUGCUGUUUCUUUAUUAAGAUAUAUUGCAAAUGCAAGUUUAAGAAGACAACAGUUAUAAAGCCUUGUGUAUUUUAUACUGACUUCUCUAAAAUAAAAGGGGGGGCUGCUGAUUUUACAGGAUACACACAUCAGUGUGUUUUGUUACUUUCUCCCCCCCUUUAAAUCGUUUAGGUUUAGAGUCUUGGUAUUCCUUAAGAAAAAGUCAAGAACUUGUCCUGCAGCAUACUUAGCAGUUCAUAGUUGUGACCUGCAUUUCAGAGUAUUCUCUACCCCUAACAUCUUUACAUUCAAAUCUAUUACACAGGUGCAGCUUUAUGCUUCAAGAUGUUCACUUACCUUGCUGACCUUUGAGUCACAGUUGUAGGCAUAGAAAAAGAAGAAUUUACUAGAUAAGUGAACAGCUCUUUAGAAACAUUAUAUUGCCUAUAUUGCCUCUGUGAUUAGUAUGUGCACAGAACAGGGAUUUUUCACAAGCUUUGAGUAAAAGCUAAAGCUUUUUUACUCCCUUUA